GAAAGUUUGACACAAUAAGACUUAAACAGCCGUGGAAGGGUUUAGAUUGUGAUAGAUCAGUUAAAGAAGCUCAACAAAAUGUCAGUUUCAGAUUUGAUAGGCACAUUGGACGCCAUUCCAAAGCUGACAGCUUCCAAUUCACAGGCAGAAGUUUCCGAAAUUUCGGGUGCGCCAGACUGGCUAACACACAGAUACUUACAGAAUGCUCUUCAACAAUUCCACAGGGAUUCGAAUUUAAGGAUCGUCGCACUGGACGGUCGUCCAGCCUUGGGACGCGGCGAAAACUAUGGCGGUGUUUUGACCCGCAUUAAAGCAGAGUUCAUCAGCGGCGAUGGCAACUCACAGAUCGGACACUACAUAAUCAAGACCACAUACGAGAGCAAUGAGUUCGCACGCAAAGUCAUGGAGCCAUACGAUAUAUUCAAUCGGGAAAUGUCUAUUUAUGAACAGAUUCUGCCUAAACUAAAGGCUUUGCUAUUAGAAAUUGGCGACAGUGAGCAACUCUUUGCUGAAACAAUGUCCGUUGACUACGAUCGUUCAGCUCUAAUCUUCGAGGACCUCAGCAUGCGUGGCUUCGUUAUGCCCGAACGUCUAUUAGGCUUAGAUCUAAAUCUGGCUCGACUAGUGCUGCGCAAGUUAGCCAAGAUGCACGCCACCUCGGCCGUGUUGAACGAGCGCGAACUCGGCGCCUUGGAGACCUACGAUCGUGGCAUGUUCAACCGACACACAGACAACUAUGCGCCCAUCUUUGAAGGCAUGAUACAGGCUGCAAGCAGGUGUGUGGCUCAAUGGCCUGGCUAUGAGCAAUAUGCCCAGAAAUUGAACGAUCUGGUGCCCGUCUACAUGGAGCUGGGCAAGCGAGUGUUCGAUGUUAGUGCGGGCAUUAAUGUGUUGGCCCACGGGGAUCUGUGGACCAAUAAUGUUCUCGUUAAGUACAACGAAGUCACUGCUCAGCCGGAGGAUGUUAUUAUCAUAGAUUUCCAGUACGCUGCCUGGGGCUCUCCGGCCAUUGAUCUGUUCUAUUUUUUGAACUCGUCGUUGCAAUUGGAUUUCCAUUUACACCACCAAGAGGAGCUAAUUGAAUACUAUUUUAAGAUUUUCUCGGAUACGCUCAGAAAACUACGUUAUAAAUCACAUAUUCCCAGCUUGCAUAACUUCCACUUGCAGCUCAAGGAAAAGUCCUUUUACGCUAUGCACACCAGCCUCGGCAUCUUUCCCAUCCAGAGGAAUGUUGAAACCGAUGAUGCCGACUUCAACGCCCUGAUCAAAACAGAUGAGCGAGCAAUUAACUUCAAGAAUGCCUGCUACCGAAAUCCAGCCACCCAGAGGGUACUACGGGAAUUAUUAUCUGUAUAUUUUAGUGAAGGGUUGCUGGAUGCGGAUCAGUAGUAUACAAUGUGAUUCCCUGCGAGCAUUUUGGCAUUGCUAUACCCUUUCAUGUGUUGUAAUUAUAUUGUAUUAGCUAAUUAAUUCCAAUAUCAUUAUUUUAA